GUGACUUUUCUUCCAGAUUCUCUUCUUGAUUAGAAUUACCAUGUGAAAGUUCAGCAGGGAGAGACUCGUUUCGAAUUGUUGGGUGCGAGAGAAACUGGCUGGUCCGUGGUCUGAGAAGUCGUUCUCAUUGGAAAGCAAUUGGGAUUCAAAUGGUGAACGCGAGGAGAGGAGCGUGGAUUGUGAGCAACGGGUCGGGAAGUCCGUUGGUGUGCCGAUGGCCUGUAGUGGGUCGUUGCCUGGUCUCCAAUGAAAGAACAGGCUGGCGGAGAGAAUAGCCACCAGAAAGAGGUGGCCUCAUCGUCAGGCCAAAAGCCACGAACAGCUGCGACUAGCGCUGAAACAAAUUUCGGAGAAUACGAAGACAACGAGUGGGACGUAGGGAUCGGAAAUUUGAUCGACGAUCUUGAUGCCGACAUCGAGAAAAGUGCGGCGGAAGUGAGUGACGGGAAUAAUCUGGAGGAGGUUUCCGGGAUGCCGGCCAGUGACACCGGCCUCUCAUCCUCUGGGGCGACACGCGGCGGCAAAUUACCGCCAACAAAUUCUCCCGUUGUUGCUUCGCCGAAUGUGCAGCAUUCCGCUACAGUUGAAAAAGGUCUCAAAAUGAAAAUUAAACGUACGAAGCCGGCCAGCGGGUCGAGAAGUGCUGAAAAGCACGAAAUUGUAAAACCAGUGGAUCCGGAGUCCAACGGGAAACGUUCUCAGGCUCCUGUGGGUGUGCGUAAAGAUAAAGACAAAGACGUGAAUUCUAGUGAAGUGAUCGUUAAAUCUGAAAACCAAGAUUUCGCGGCGAAUGAUGUCUGGGGUUGUUCAUCCGCUGCUUUGUCGAACCAGGCUUCUUCCAACGCUGGCAGCGGCCCUACACCCAAGAAAAAACCGAAGCUGGAGCAAGACUCCGAAGUUGAUGCAUCAUCGUCCGAGUCGUCCCCAUCCGUCCCUGAACCACGGGCAACUUCAGACGCGUGUGUCGGAACCAGUGUUGGCACCGUAACGGAGCCGGAUUGCCUCGGACCUUGCGAGCCGGGUACUUCAGUGAUCCUUGAAGGAAUCGUUUGGCAGGAAACUGAUACUGCUCCUCGCUCCUACUUCGCGGAGGAAUCGUUUCGCAAUACUAUACAGGUGUACUCCAGCCAUCGACAUUUUUUCUGGCCACUGAAGACCUUGCAGUGCAGCUGCCGAGUUUCUCAAGCUGUGUGCAAUGGCCUUCCGAGGGGUCUCAUGUUUGCUCCAGGGCAACAGAAGACCAAAAAUUGA